GAGACCGAGACGGAGUUAAAGCGCUGACAGCACGCUGGGUGUGAGGAGAUAUUUACAAGUCACAAGAUAAACAGGACAGCUUGUGAUGGCAGUUGCACAGUUGCUGCUCGUAGUUGCCGUGCUGCUCCGUUGCACCUCAGCCAUCCCGGCCUGUCCAGAGUCCUGCACCUGCCUGAGCCCCACCCAGCUGAACUGCUCAUCCUCAGGCCUUACUUCGGUGCCAGGACACAUCCCAGACUCUGUCGCUGAGCUCAACCUGUCUGAUAACCUCCUCGAUGCCGUAACAAUCGACCAACGGCAUUCUAACCUGAGGAAUGUUAGACUGGGAAACAACAGCAUCACACACCUGUCUCUGUGCACAGAGAGGAACCUGGGAAGGCGUUAUGUCGGAGGGAGACGCCUUCAUCACUUGAGACUUUGGCGCAGGCGGGGGUGUGUUUCCUGGGCCCCUAGCCUGCAGCUGUUAUCAGCUGAGAGGAAUCAGCUUGAACAACUCCCAGAGGGACUACAAAGCUGUGAAUCCUUGCAGGUUCUGCAGCUCUCCUUUAACAGAAUCUCAACCCUGCGACCAGGAGACCUGGACCAUCUUCAGCAGCUAAAAGAACUUCAUCUAAAGCACAACCUCAUCACAAGUCUUCAUCCACAGACGUUCAAGGGUUUAGCCCAGCUCCAGGUCCUUGAUCUAAGCUUCAACAUGCUGACAAGCCUCCAUCCAUCAAUGUAUCUUUCUCUGCACAACAUUGGCGUGGACGUUAGGCUGGCUGGGAACAGGUGGAAGUGCGACUGCAGAAUGCGCAGCUUGAGAAGGUGGAUGGCCUUUGACACCAGCAAAGGCCUGCAUGCAUGGAGUGUGGUGUGUGCUUCCCCCUCUAGCCUCUCAGGACAAGAUCUACUUCAUUUGGAGGAUGAUGAUCUGAACUGUCUUACCACUGACAGGCCAGAGCGCUACCAAGAUGUGACUGUCUUUAGUGGGUCGAAGAUGCUUCUUUCUUGCUCUAUACAAGAUUCGGCAGGAUGGGCGCCAAGUGGAGAAGCAUCUGCUGGUCAACCUGAGGAUGGACUUCUCACAAAAGACAUCAGAGAAAGAGACAGUGGAAUUUAUGUGUGUAUUUCUGAAGAAGGGGAGGUUGUGCAAAUGUUUAACCUACAGAUCAGCAAAGUACAAGGUGCACCAAGAAGAGCUAGAAGCUUACUUGGAAGCAGUGAUCAAAUAUUCUCACAAAAUCGAAUAGGCAAUGAAAGGAAUCAGAGAGCUACCCAGUGUAACUUGGCCCUUGCUGUGUGCCUCUCUAUUUUGUUCUCAUUUAUAGUUGCCUUUAUCUUAGGGGUCCUAGCAAGACCUUGCAUAGAUAAUCUUUUGAAAAAGGUCUGCAAAAAGAAAAGCUCCACCACGACAAACACAGUCUCAACUGUAGAACAGAGACAAUAUGACAAUGAGGCUUACUGCGAUGUAGAUGAGCAUGCGAUGGCAGGAAAUCACAGGGAAAGAAGGGUCACAUUUAGCACCGUAGACUAUAGAGAAGACAGGAAUGUACAGUAUUAUGAUACUGUAGCUGGGGAUCAGGACAGCGUCAAUGAUGAUGUGUUUGAAGGCGAAGCAGCAGCUGCAAGGAGAGCAAGAACAGGAGAUUCAGAAAGUGAAAGCAGCUCUCAGCACAGUUCGGAGGGUAACCAGAGAGAUGGCAGAGGUAUGACGGUCAUCACAACAAACACAGAAGGGAGGGACUCUUCCUCAUCUUCAGAUUCCUCAGACGAAGAGAAACAAAUGCGAGACCAAAGGAGACCCAGGUCUCCACAGCUAGUAGACAACUCUGUCCAGCAGACAGCUAACAUAGCUUCAUCUGGAGAAGUCGUUGCUCCUCACAUUUCCAUUGAAACGCAUGAAAUCCCUGGAUUUUCCUCUGAGCCCUUUGAGGGUUGGUCCCCACAUUCAGAGCAUACUGAUCUAGCAGAUCCAGAUCAGUGGCAUGAAAAUGAGGAGCAGUUUGAAUUCAGUGAUUCUGCCAGAAGCCCCUCUCCAGGGUCCAGAAAUGUUCUUGGUCCUUUCAAUAAAAAAAGGGAUGACACGUCAAGCUCCAGCUCACAUUUAAGUGACGAUGACGUAACACAUUACACUGUCAACUCAGACCCAGAGGAUAAUGUCACAAAUACCAGCUUUCAUCAAGGUGUUAGCUUAGAACAGCAGAUCCAUGCUGUAGAUGCAAACAGGCCUUCAUUGGGUUUUAUUCGACCUGGUGUGACAAAAGCACGCCCCUUUUCCUCUACCUCCAGUGAAAGUGAUGGGGCAGAACAAGACAAAGACAAAGGAGUAGGGAGGCUAGAGUCUGGUGUUAAAAUUGAACCAAUGCCACGCACAAAGAGGUAUGCGCCUUUGCCACCAAAAGCUCACUCAUCCUCUUCAAGCAGUGAGAGUGACACUGAAGACAAAACUCUCCAAGUGGAGCAGAAGUUUGGAGAGGCAGCCAUGACAAAGAUUCAGUUUCAAGAGCCUCAAACAGCAAGCAUUGUUCUGGAAACCCAGAGGCCCUCUCUAGAUUUGGAGCAGAGUACACACAUUAAGAGGCAAGGAGCUAUCAUAGCACACUCACCUGACUCUAAGUCAUCUUCUAGUUCUUCCAGUGAAAGUGACGGGGAGGGCCACAGAGUGAAACACGAAAAAGACAGAGGAGUUGGGAAGGUAGAGGCCGUUGUGGUUAACAGGGAGAUGGUCCAACCCAUGCCAAGAACAAAGAGGAAUGCACCUCCACCACCUAAAGCUCGCUCAUCUUCUUCAAGCAGUGACAGUGAUGUAGGAAAGAAAAACCUACAAGUGGGACGAAAGCUUGGGGAGACACACAUGACAAAGAUUCAGUUUCAGGAGCCUCCAACAGCAAGCAUUGUUCUGGAAAGCCAAAGACCAUCUCUAGAUUUGGAGCACAGCAAACACAUCAAGAUGCAUGAAGGCAUCAAAGUACCAUCACCUGACUCUAAUUCAUCUUCAAGUAGUGAUAGUGAAGACGAAACAAAAUUGAGACCUGGGAAAGUGGUGGUCAUUUCAGACCUUGCAGUUCAGAAACCCCAGACAGAAAGUCGUGUUCCAGAUGGACAGUGGCCUGCCUUGGACCUUGGGCAUAUUCCCAAGGUCAAGAGGCGCCUGGAUAUCAAAAUAAAGUCACAGAACUCUCAUUCAUCCUCUAGUAGUGACAGUGAAGAAGAGGCAGCAGGCCACAAUAAAAAACAAGUGCAAAAACAGACUCAGACAGCAAGGGUUCCUACAGUGCUCAAGUCCGACACUUCUUCAAGUAGUGAUAGUGAGGAUGAGUCAGUAGGAUAUCAAGUGCAACCUGGGAAAGUGGUUAUUUUAGACCUAGCAGUUCAGAAACCCCAAACAGGAAGUCGUGUUCCAGAUGGACAGUGGCCUUCCUUGGACCUUGGGCAUAUUCCCAAGGUCAAGAGGCGCCUGGAUAUCAAAAGAAACUCAAAACACUCCAAAUCAUCCUCAAGUAGUGACAGUGACAUUAAGAAACAGGUGCAACAACAGACUGAGACAGCAAGGGUUCCAAAAGCACUCGAGUCUGACACUUCUUCAAGUAGUGACAGUGAGGAUGAUUCAGUAGUACAUCAAGUGAAAUCUGGGAAAGUGGUUAUUACAGACCUUGCAGUUCAGAAACCCCAAACAGGAAGUCGUGUUCCAGAUCGACAGUGGCCUUCCCUAGACCUUUUGCAUAUCCCCAAGGUCAAGAGGCGCCUGGAUAUCAAAAGAAAGUCACGGGACUCUGAUCUAUCUUCAAGUAGUGACAGUGACAUUAAGAAACAAGUGCAACAACAGACUGAGACAGCAAGGGUUCCAAAAGCACUUGAAUCCGACACUUCUUCAAGUAGUGACAGUGAGGAUGAGUCCACUGUUCAUCAAGAGAGGCCUGGGAAAGCAAUCAUAACAGACCUUGCAGUUCAGACACCCCAAAAGGAAAGUAAUGAUCCUGAAGCACGCUGGCCCUCCCUAGAUCUUGGGCAUAUUCCCAAGGUCAAGAGGCGUCUUGAUAUCAAAGCAAAAAUACAGGACUCCGAUUCAUCCUCUAGUAGUGACAGUGACAAUGAAUCAACUAGCCACAUUAAGAAACAACAGAAAGACAUGGCAAAAGUCUCAGUAGCAGUUAAACAAACAGUAAGUCAUGACCAGUGGACAGAGAGGCCUGCCAGAGCACCAUCACCAGCUUCUGAUUCAUCUUCAAGCAGUGACAGUGAGGAUGAAACUAAAAAACAGGAGCAGGUACACAUGGGAAGGAUUUCAGUUACAGAAACCCAAACCUUGAGUACUAACCCACAAACACAGUGGCCUCUCCUCGAUCUUCAACACACAGCAAGCGUUAAGAGGCGUCUAGAUUUUAAAGCCCGAUCUGCUGCCUCCACUUCUUCCUCCAGUAGUGACAGUGAGGAUGAGUCGAUCCACACAGAGAAGCCUGGGAAAGUGUUCAUACCAGGCCUUGCAACUGAUAAGCCAACAACAGGAAGUUAUAAUCCAGAUGCCAAGUGGCCUACCCUAGAUCUUGGGCACCUUCCCAAGGUCAAAAGGCGUCUUGAUAUCAAAGCACCAUCACCUGAUUCUUCUUCUAGUAGUGAUAGUGAGCAUGAAUCUCCAAACCUCAUAAAGAAAGAAGUGAUAAAGCAGACAGAAGGGGAAAGGGUCACUAUAACAAGUCAUAACCUAGAAACAAAGAGGCCUGUCAAAGCAUCAUCAGCUUCCAGUUCAUCCUCCAGCAGUAACAGUGAGGAAGACAUACCAGGCCAUAGAGACAGGCCUGGGAAAGUGGUCAGUCCAGCCCUUGCAAUUAACUUGCAGACAGGAAUUCAUGUUCCAGAUUCACGUUGGCCUACCUUAGAUCUUGAGCACACUCCCAAGAUCAAGAGGCGCCUGGAUAUAAAAGCACCCUCACCAGCUUCUGAUUCAUCUUCUAGUAGUGAUAGUGAGGCUGAAAUAGCACACAGCAUACAGAAAAAAGAGGACAAAGGACCAAAAUGGCCCGCCAAAGCACCAUCACCAGCUUCUGAUUCAUCAUCCAGCAGUGAAAGCGAGGAUGAUCAAAUUAAGAAACAGGGGCAACUUACUGGUGUAGCAAUCACUAAAUCCCCAACUGUUGGUAAUGACCCAAAAAUGCAAUGGCCUCUCCUGGAUCUUGAGCACACUACGAGCAUCAAGAGACGUCUUGAUUUCAAGGCAAAAUCGCAGAUUUCUAAUUCCUCAUCCAGUAGUGACAGCGAGGAUAAAACCACCAAAUCUAUAAAGACAAAGGAACAAGAGCAAUUGCAUGUGGCAAAACUUCCCCUCAAAGAAUCUCACAAUGUAGAAACGCAGUCGCCUACCUUUGCACCCACUCCUCACUCUGACUCAUCCUCUAGUAGCGACAGUGAAAAUGAAACGGCAAACAAUUCUAAGAAACCGGAGCCCCUGGUUGAAGUAUCUCAAACUAACUGGCCUCUUUUGGAUCUCCGGCACACCUCAAGUAUCAAGAGGCGUCUAGAUUUUAAAGCACAGUCACCUAAAUUGGAAUCAUCUUCUAGCAGUGACAGCGAAGAUGAAACAAGCAGGAAACAAAGAGUACACUUAAGCAAAUCCCCAAUGCUGGAACCUAAUUCAAGAUUGCCAGGAUUGGCUUUGAGUAGUGCCCCCAAAGUAAAGAGCGGCCAGGAUAUCCAAGGACAAAUAUCUCCAUCUAAGUCAUCUUCAAGUAGUAGUGAAAGUGAAGGAGAGGCUACAGACAUGCAUGUGAAAGUAAAGAGGGAAAGAACAACACUGCCUGAACUGAAUACAACUAUCCCCCUCUUCAAGCCUCAUUUUAAUGCCAAAGCACCAUCUCAGCCUGAAGAGUCCAGCUCCUCCAGCAGUGAAAGUGACGCUAAGACCAAAGACCACACUGCAAUAUCCAAGACCAGAGAAGAGGAGUUCAUUAAAACGCCUACGUCCCCAGUCAUGGAAGUUCCUCUCAGUCCAAAAACAGACCCUUAUAUCAAGUUAGAAAAAUAUAACAUUAUGACUAGUAACUUUGAGCAGAAAUCCGGAGAGAGCAUCAGCACAACCCCUGCCAUCAACCCAGAGCUUGAGUCACGGUGGGCCACAAUGAGUCUUGGGGUUUCCCGCUUCAGAAAGCGUCUUGAAAUCACAUCCCAUGCACAAACACCAAAGCUGCCCUCAUCAUCUCCCCCUGAUUCCCCCACUUCUUCAUCCAGCAGCGAGAGCGGGAAAGAGGGUGAAAGUAGAACAACUAGGAAGAGAAGGGAAGUUAGAGGAAGUGUAAAGGCAGACUCUUCCCCCAAAGCUGAAAUCACACCAGCGACUGUUUCUCUCAGUUUUAAGGGUCAAGUUGGCCCAAAGAAAGAAGCCGGCACAAGGGAGACAUCCUCAAGCAGUGACAGUGAGAAUGAUACGAUAGACCACAGUGUACCUGACCUGAGCCUUGGAGUACCACGUAUUAAGAGGCGUCUGAACAUAAAGGCACCAUUACCAGACCGUAGGGGUUCGCUGUCUUCCAGCAGUGAUGCUGAGGAGAGAGAAUACACUGUAACACAAAGCAGACAAAUAUCAACUAUGUCUCAGCAAAGAGAUACUGACACUCUAAUCACUUACAAGCGGUCCAUUUUCCAAGCAACGUCUCCCCCAGGUAGUCCUCCCCCCGUCAGUGACCUGACUAUUUAUGAAACAAAACUAAGAUAUUCUGGAACUGCUCACCAAGGUCCAUCGUAUAGUGUGGGAGAUAGCACUACAUCCUCGAAGAGAUCGCUCAGUAGGAGCUUUGACAAUUUGUUAAAUAAGAUGGUAGGGCACCCCAAACACUCAACAGAACUUCCACCAGAGCUAAAGUGGACUGGCCUUGGUCGUCAGAUGUCUGAACCACCUAUCUCCAGUCCAAGGAGACGUCUGGAUGUGUCAUCUCCACCAGCGGAGCCUGAACUUCCUCCACCUAAAUCCUUGUCUAGCUCGUCCAGCAGUGAGAGUGAAGACGAAACAAAACAAGACAAAGAGAAAUCAAACAUGACAACACAAAAAUACUCAUUUAGAGCUAGCUCUAUGUCUACCACAAGGACUGUUGGCAGUGUUGACAGGACAUCCCUCAGCACAAAUGAGAUUUUGAGGAGCUUAUCUGAGGACAAGAGAGAAAGGAGAGGCCUCAGUGCUCUUAAAACCAUGUCUUCAGAAAGACAGCAGUGGGAUGUAAGAGAUAAAACUCUGGGAAUCAGUACUUCACAUCUGCUUGAUGACUCUAGCCCAAACGAUGAGAUCGACUAUCAUUACCAGAGGUCCACACGCACGCAGGUUUAUCUCUCUUCUACUCCCGUAGAAGAGAAAAGAGUGACAGAUUUGUCUUAUGGGGUUCCGAGUUACAGGAGGCAUGGUUUUGAAGUUGAUGAACCCCCCCAGGAGACUCCACCUCCUGUCCCAGCAACAACCCCCCCAUCAGAUGAAGCAUUAGGGCUGACUUGGAGGUCAAGGCCAAACAGCUGGAAAGAGAGGUCUGAAGGAACCAGAAGCUAUUGGCGACAGAGCCUUAACACAGGGGGAAGUGGACCUUCGUCCCCUAUAUUGGACUCCUCUAUGAAUCCCAUUAGUAAAGUCUGAAAAAAUGCUAAAGAGUAACUAAACUCCAGAGUCAGCUGAGUUGCAUCUACCCUGGAAUUUCAAAUCACGCCUUUAGAUCAUCACAGACAUGGCUGGGAGAGGAGAGGGUUAAGACACACCAGGUUGCAUAAUACAGUCUUUACUGCUUUAGUGGAUUUGAUUCUUAGGCAUAAUGUCAUAGCCAUCCAAGGUAGACUUUCCCUGAGCUACCUGAGAGUGAAGCAUUGGCUACCCCUUUAUCAGACACAAGUUUGAAUGUUAACUUUCCCUAGAAACUUAGGCUAUUGGCUGCUGCCACUGAAGUUAUUAUAAAAUGUACUUCUGAAACCAGGGCCAGCAAAAAAGUGUGCGAAAACUGUUGAGCUUUCUGGUAACGAAAGCUGGCACUGCACACAUCACCUGCCACCAGAUCAGCUAAUAGAACAAGUCACUUGCAGUUGCUGUGUUUUAACCAGUGGAGGGAAAACGCUCUGCAUAUUUCUAACACAAUAUGCAAAAUUUUAACCAUUUGUACUUUAAUGUUGAUUUGGACCCUAUUCAAUCAACACCACUAAAUACCCAUUUACAUACUGUAGGUCUACAGCCGAAGAAAGUGGUCUGGGGGUGUAGUUACUCUUAGGUGUGUACUAGAUGAUGUCAAUACAAUCAAACAAGUGGCAGUGUUGGGCCACCAAACUACUUAAAUAUCAGUAUAAAAGCUUAAAAAUUGCAUGUAUAUACUUAAAAUUUAUCGUAUGACACUCUUUUAGAGCACUGUUUAUAUCUUAUAUAUCUCAAUAUAGUGGGCCAGGACCCAAACGUGGGUUGCAGAGCCUUUUUCAGUGAGUUGCUGAUGUGUGCUUAAGAAUUUCGAUAAGAUAGGACCAACAGUCUGUGGUGCACCAUUAUUUUAAGAGAGUAAUAAGGAUAACUGGGUUGCAAAGACAAGAAAAGAAAGAUGUGGAAAGUUUGUUUUUAUGUUGCCAGACUGGCAACAGAAUAUAUCAAAUAUGGGUUUUCGUUUAUCUAAGGACAAAUUGGAAUUCUUUUGCCAACAGUGAUGUUCUGCAGGGGUUAUGAUGGAGGUGCAAAUGAACUGCAGCACCUCCACUCACUUUCUUGAAAAGAUCCGGAUCAAAAAUGAAGACAGGACCUACAGAUCUUUGUUUUCCAAGUUCCAAAGCCAUGAAAAGGAAUAUAAGACUAGCUCACUGAAAUGCUGGGCAGCAUUAAUGCUUCAGCACAGAAAGACCUUUUGACAGAAGUGUACCAGCUAAAAAUAGAAUUAGAUAUUACAAAAAAUGUAAGUUUUGGUUCUAAAUGCAUUACCUGUUUUUUGCACAUAUUCUCCUGUCUGUGUGUCUCAUGUUAUAAAACAGGCACAAAGUAAAGUAUGUAGACUGGCCUCACUCCCCAGUUUUCAGUGUGCCUACAGGUUCAGACUCCUUUCCAUAACUCAGGGACUUGAAAAAUUGGUAUCUGGGUGUCUUUUGUCUUUUGUGUCUUCAACUUCCACAAAAUAGUUGUUGUAUUGGGUCCCUGUACAGCAAGGCUUCACCAAAUUUGUGCAGAAAUAGCUGCCUAAUCCAUAUCUGUCAAGCAAAGCAAACAGGGGUGCUCUGUUUGCACCUUUAUCAAAUAACCAUGCCCCAACACCCCGAAUAUGUAUCUGAGAAAAGGGUGAUGUUUAAAGAUGUAAUUAAUUAUUAAGUUCUAGUCCAUAUGCCAGGAAGCUAAUAUUGGAGUUAAUAAACAACAUGAGAGUAAGGUCAGAUCACUCACUGACAAAUAUGCAACAAAGAAAAAAGAUUAAGAGGAGCUACAGGUGCAACUCACACAGCCACACACACAUUACAUAUUUGAUGAUUUGCAAAUUUCUUACUUUGAUUUCUGCAUUUUAAUGAGUGUGAAGAAAACUGUCACACACAAGGUGCAUUUCUGCAUGUGUGCAAAACAGUUUUCUCCUCUCAGGCUGCAAAAAUGCACGCUCCAGCUGAAACACGUUGCACACAAGUGCUGAGAAAGCGCGUGCAAAUAUAUGAAGUAUGCAUGAUUGUUUGAUUUGCAUUCACAGCUCUUCUUGUCCUUGUAACUUAUUUCUUGCAUUUUAUCAGUGUUCUUUUUGACAAUUUUUUUUUUUGCUAUGGAAAAGCUGAAGGCAGAUGGGAUAUUUUGUGGGAGAGAAGAGGGGAAGACAUGCACAAAAAAAUAUCAGGAUCAGGAAUCAACCCUGCAACCAGUGUAAGGAUUUGGGCCUCUGCAUUCUUACGUCAUGCAUCAGAUGCUUCGAGCCACCAUGCUUAGCAAGGGCAUAAUGACUUGAAAGUCACUUGGUACUAAAACAUCACCUUCCUGGUGUCAAGACCUUUCUGCUUCAUAGUGCUUGUUCAUGUUGAAUGCAUCACCUGCUAUAGGACUCCUGUCUUGAAUUCCUCCUAAAGCCAAAAACUUCGAGAACUUCUUAUUUGUUGUGCUGUCUCCUGUCCAAACUGCACCGUUUUUCAUAUAUUUGGUUAUGAUUUGUCAUUGUCAAGAUGGUGUCGGGUCCUAAGGCAAAGGCUAGUUGAGAACCAUUGUCCUGGUAAUUACUAUAAUGCAUUAUUAAUCCUCUCUUACAGAGACUGUAGUUCCUUUAUUUACAUGUGGAAAAAUGCAGCUAUAGGUAAAGAUAUUUGCAUAUUAAAUUGGGACUUAAUGUUUCCUGAUUUAUUCAUUAAACUUUAAAGAACAGACAUAAGGCAGUAAGUUAAUAAACCCUUUUAUUUAUGUAUAUAGACAUAGGUUAUAGUGAAAACAGACAUAUAGACACAUAGUUUACAUACAUAUAUACAGUUGGGACAAGGUUGUUCGUCCUCCUGCAUCAUUGUGGGAGAAUACUAAAACGUUGAUCUCUACACAGUAUUUGGUAAGCCAUCCACGAUUCCUUCAAUCUUGGAUGUUCUGCUGAUGGUUGGGGCACUGUAAUGACAAUCGAGGCUUUUGUUUUGUUGCAGCUGCAGUGAAUUUUAAUGGCAUGAGAGCUGAUGUGUUUUAUUUUCACAACAAAUUCCAAUGAGUAUUUUAUAUGUCUCAUGAGAGGAUGGUGAGGAGUUGUAAAACAAGCUGUGUACUUGAAAUAAAUAAAACAAGAUUGUGUGAUCUGGGUUCAGCAUUGCAGUUCGUAUGGAUGGGGGGUAAAUGCAGGAGGGAACGCCCGUUCCACCGUGAGGUUACAGGUGUGUUCCAGGUCUUGAUAAACACAAUCAUGUCGGAAUUAAGACAACAUGGUUGUGAAUAUCAAAUCAAGCACAAAACACUUGCACAAUUUUCUGUACAAAACAAAAACACAUUUGGAAAAUGUUUUCAAAAAUCUCAUCCAUUCACAAAAGGCUCUGUCGGAGCAUGCAUGCAAAUAUUAAAUCUGACAAUUCAGCAUCACACCACAGCCAAAGACAAAAAUUUAUACAUGUGUUACAAGAACAUUUUACUAGGCGAAAAAGAACAGCAUAGCAUCAUCACACGGCUCCAAACUGUCAGUGUCCAAUGAUUCGUUUAAAUCCUAUGGGUGGUACAACGCUUUCAGCAAACCUACCUUUCUACUCAAGCUUUAAGGACCUCAUCCUGAGGGUCUUCAGAUGUAAUUAUUUUAACACUGUCAGUGUCGGGAGAGAUGCUACAGUAAGAGGAGACCUGAAACUAACAGUGACUAAGGACAAAACAGAUGCCACAUAUCAAGACAAAAUGGACACCAGCUAGUUCUAAGUCAACUUAUAACACAGCCCAAACAGUCUGAAUUCAUCCUGAAAUAUUCCCUGACCACUCAUUUAGUACGUUUACAUGCACAGUAAAGUCGAAAACCUGUUAUUACUCGAUUAUAACAGAUUUUAAACUGGACUUCUGUCCCUAUUGAGGACUGGAGGUGUCGAUACAACUUCUUUCAGAUAUUCAUUUAUAAACCUUAUGGUUGACUUUGCUAACAGGUUAAUAAGCAGCUAUUUCAAAUACCUUCACAUUUUUUACAUGGUGUAAAUAUGAUGCACCUUAUCCCCUAGCCUUUGAUGAUAUCUGGAGGAAGAUGACAACACGAGUCCUGCUACAUUUAGCAUUUAUGCCAAAGGACCCCCGGGCCAAAAUCUAGUGAUCUUGCAAAGCUGAUGGAUCGAUACUGAAGCUUCCUCCCAAAGACCAAGGACAUGUUUGUAAGGUUAACUGGCAACACUAAAUUGCUCACAAGUGUGACUGUGAGCAUGAGUGUUUGCCCUGUCAUUGACUAGCUACCAGUGACAGCUGUGAUUGGCCCCAGCCUAACCUUGGAUAGUCUAUGUCUGUCAUCAGAAAACAUCCAUCCAUCCACUAUCUUCACCGUUUAUCCUAUUUGGGGUCAUGGGGGGAUAGAGACAAUCCCAGCUGUCACUGGGUGAGAGCCAGUUUAUCACUAUAUAUAGAGCAAACAGCCAGGCAAGUUCACAGUCCCGCCGAUGGGCAAUUUAGUUCAAAGACAGGCCUGCCGAGCAUGUCUUUGAACUGUCGGAGGAAGCCAGAGUACCCUAAGAGGGCCCACAUAUGCAGGGGAAGAACAUACUGACACCCUGGUUCUCUGGUUAGAGAAUGACUGGACAAGUCAGUACCAUUUGAGGAGAAAGAGGCUGUAGCUGCAGACGUUGUUUUGUUGAUGCAACUGCAAGCCUGUAAACGACAGCGGCCGGUGCACAGAUUAGCAUGGAUGUAGCUGCAGCGGCAUUUCAAUCAAAAUUUGACAUUUCUUUAUUACAGAAGAGCAAAGAACCACGCUGGAAGUUUUUCUUGGUGGGAAAAAUGCUUUUGCUCUUCUCCCGCCCAGCUUUAGCAAGAUCUUAUUUUACCAACUGGCUCCAUUGAUAGUGAGCAAAGAUAACAGUUGCCUGUAGCUUGUGUGAUGUAGUAACCUGGUACGUCAGACUGCUUCAUAUAUCCACUGUGUAAAUAUAUUUCACAUUCAUCUGGGAAAGCUCUCAUAGAAAGCAUUCUGAAAGGGCAGGACUUUUAAAAAAAUUCUCACUAUGUGAUUGGACAAACAUUCUGUCACAUUCAUGACGGGCCAGUCUGGGCGAGAAAGCAGAACUAGGUUGUACACAUGUGCAGCUCCAGAAGUAACGUCUGCUGUAGUGCCAAGACAGUGGAGCAUGAUUUGGAUAAAAAUUAUACUGAGGCCAGUCGGGUGAAGAGCAAAAAUGUCUUCUCUGCCAAGAAAAGCUUACGGUGUAGCUCUUUGUUUUAAUAAAGAAAAGUGGCACAGUUUUGAUGAAACUGCAGCUAACUCUGAGCUAGUUGUUACACACUAGCUCAGCUUUCGGUACAACUAAACCCCGUCAAGAGAUACUGCAUCGUUCUCCUCAAAUGAUGCUGAUUGGUACAAACUGUGUUCGAUGUGGCACGAACGGUGUGGAUUGGAGCUUUACAGAUGGAUUCGCCUGAUGAUAGACUGGUAAAUCCAGCUGCUCUGCAUGGUCAGUGAUGUAGCUCAGUGUUUCCCUUUUUUUUUUUUGUGAUUAGCUUUUAAGAAGGCAGCCAUUGCGAGCCAAUUCAAAAUUAGCCUGAUACCUGAAUCACUAGCCAGGCAUAUUGUGCAUGAAUUGAUAUUUUUGACCAAUUUAAUAGCUGCACGGUGGCAUAAGGGUUAGCGCUGUUGCCUCACAGCAAGAAGGUUCCUGGUUCACUUCCCAGUCAGAGUUUGCAUGUUCUCCUCAUGCAUGUGUUGGUUCUGUCCGGGUACUCCGGCUUCCUCCAACCUCCAAAGACAUGCUCGUUAGGUUAAUUGGUGACUCUAAAUUUCUCGUAUGUGUAAGUUUGAGCAUGCUUGGUUGUUUGUCUCUACAUGUCAGUCCUGCAGUUGACUGGCGACCAGUCCAGGGUGUACCCCGCCUCUCGCCCAGUGCCAGCUGGGAUAGGCUCCAGCCGGUGACCCCCAACAGGAUAAGAAAAUGGAUGGACCACAAAUGCAACACAACCUUGUUUGGUUCCUUAUCAAGCCUGCCUUUUGGGCUAUCCUUGGCUGGUUAAUUGAGCUGAUGCUUGGUACUAGUUUGGCUAACGUUAAUUCUGGACUCAUUGAGUGAUGUAGUUUACUCCCCAUGGUGGUGAAGGCUCUCCUAUGCCAUGUCCAAUCAGCCUCUGAGAUUAUUUUGAAAGGUUCUGCCUUUACAUCGUGUUAUGGGGUGUUGUCCAGAUGGAUGUGGAAUAAAUGUAAUAGACAUGUAUGAAAAACUGUCUAUCUGACAUGUCAGGUUAAAAGUCCAGCAUGGAAACUGUUGAACACGCAGUGACUUGCAUCUCCAGCCUGGUCUAAUUACCUAUUAAUCAAUCUCCAACCGCAUUACCAAGACGUGUUAGUCGGACAAAGGGGGAAUGCAUUUAAGUACAGUCAGACUAACACGAUGACAAGGGUUUUAAACAUCCAGAUUUAUUCAGACUGACAAGAUAAUUUGACUUUCCUAGCUGCAUGUAAACGUACUGAGCGUGUCUGUGUAUGCGUGAGUGUUUAUGUGUGUGUAACACACGUGUAUUUACAUUUGGGUUUGUUUGUGUUCAUGUUUGUGUACGUGUGUGCGGGACACACAAAGUGACUUCCAUGUUUUGAGGCACAGUAAUACUCUUACCUACACAACGUAGAGACAUUGACUGGUCAUUCAGACCAAUAAAUGCUGAUCAGAGCACUAGUGGCUCUCCGCUGUACUGUAAUAAGAGUCAGAAAGCAGCAAUGCAGAUUUGUUUGGUGUUAUGAGGUCUGAGGCCUUUGCAGGGGUGGGGGUAGCAAACCGUUAGCAUUAGCUAGAGCAAAACAGCAGGAGGGAACGAAAACUGGAGGGAAAAAUAAUCACUGGCACAAAUCAAAGUAAACAACACAGGCAUCAGAAACCUGCGAUCAACCAUUUGACACAGUGUGCUUCUUAAGAACUCCCAACUCAAAACGAGACAAAGUAAAGUUAGUGCCAUCCGUCCAGAAAAGCUCAAGUUUAAGUUCAUUGCACAGGCGUAUCAUAUUCCAAUGUGCCCGGGCCAAAGCGACCCCGUUUAAGACUCAGACACAAAGCAUGAAUGGUCACUUCUGUUGGUUUCUCUGUGCUGAAGAGAAGGACUGAUCCUUUCAUCCAUGUAUGAAACCGUGUUAUCCUAACACACACAGCAAUAUGACGUGUCACAGUGAGAAAGAGCAAUGCCGCCAGGGAUUGCUGCAAGCUUGCCCACUAUGCAACUUCAGUAGGGGACAGAACUCCACAAUGGCAGCCCUCCGCCUUCACGCUCUGGGCAGCAUGCACGCAGGCUGCAAACCCA